UGUUACGGGCCACAGCGGGCAGCGUCAGCUGGCGCCCAACGUGGGGCCUCUUCAGCGAGAGGAGACCCCCGGAGGAGUCGUUUUUGGAUUACAAAGACUUUUGGGCGGCAGCUACCCCGGUUGCAGCAGGCCGGUUUUUGUCCGGCGGCGCUCCCGGGGGAAGGAGCAACAAUCUCUCCGCGCACGAGGGACCGCUCCUGGGGCUUUGGACACCUCCCACGGCCACUGUCUGGACUUGGAACAAAUAGAGAGACAGGUGGAUAGGCCUGAGAUGCAAGAACAAUUUAUCCUCGAAAUGGCAAAAGCCAAUUGCAACGACAUCUGCAAACAAGUUAUCUUUAGUCUGCCUAUGUAUCCACCACCGACCCUGGACGCCCUCAUUGAUGCGUGCGAGAAGAAAGUGCCAUUAGUGGGGACGUCCAAGGUGCCACCACCACCACACACGGUCAGGAGACCACCAACGGCAGCAGUGACCCAGCACCCGGCGGGGCACACCGUUAUUCCGCCGGCGAGAACCACGCAAUGCUAUCGGUGUGGACAGCUGGGCCACAUGGCAAAGAACUGUCCUGCCAACCACCCUCACCAGGGGCCGAUGGGGGAUGGUUCAGGGGAGAGGGUACAUAAAGAAGUAUCUAAUAAAAAAAACAAGGAGUGCGGCGCGAACCUGCCCCGCGCGAUGCAAAAAAUGGGGCAGGUAUCGCGGAGGGGGGAGACCUUAAACGCUGGACAUGGCACGUAUCCCGGACGCGACAUCUCAUCACCACCAAAGACACCCUCUUCCGGUCCCAGCACUGGACGGUGGUGGCUGUGGACCCUCUGGAGGGGGAUCAGAUGGAAACUGGACACGACUGUAAGUUUAUUGCCAUCGGGGACACUAAAUACACACCCCCAGAGAUUGAGAUUUCUCCGAUUACCUUCCCGGGUGGUCCGGAGAACCUCACUCUCCUGGCGCGCUGCACUCACCCACCAUAUUUCCUGCCAAAAGGGCAAAUUAUUGCCCAAAUUAUCCCAAUGCCUGAAAGAUUUUCAGUAGACGACCACGCACCAGGCGUCUACUGGGCGGAAGUGGUGGGUGAAGAUAAGCCUAUCAUUGAUUGCAGUGUCAAGCAGGGUGCGGAGUUUGUUAACAUGAAGGGUCUGCUUGACACAGGGG